CUUGGCAAGUAGUUUUGAACACGUGCACGAGAUAACCUACCACAGUUACGUUUGCGCGUUGCUGACGACAUCCGUAUUCUGCAAGCUGGCGAGCGGCCAUCACGAGUUCCGACCACUUGUCUGACCAUCACUCGUGUAUUCUCCUUACGUAGACGUUACUUUUAGACAAUAUCCUGUCGUCAUAAGGGCACAGCUAACUGGCCGCCGGCCUCUUCCUGCCCACAAGGGCCACGACUUCAGGAGAAGGGGAUUGCACCACGCUCUUCCUCGCCACCUUCACCAAUUUAGCAGCCUCACCAAUUAACCUCGACCUUCGAUAACCCGAGGAGUUGCUGCCAUGCUGCGGCCAACCGCCUCAGCCUUCAGCAGCAACUGCUGCAAGCACAAUCGACUGAACCGCCUUUCCAGGCUGCACCGUAGCAGCUUCGCCCCCUUUACUGCCUUCCAGGGCGGCCUUACAAGUCAUGCCACCAGCAUCCCGCUUCCCUGCAAAGGGGGCCGCCCCUCUCCGCUUGCCGUACAUCCUGGCGGCAGCAGUGCGCCCAUCGAUGGUACUAGCGCGAGCAGCAACAGUGCCACUAGCAGAAAGGAAAGCGGUAAGGAUAAGAAGAAGGGCAAGAAGAACAAUCAACCCAGCGCCCCAGAUAGCGACCGCCGCAUACCUGGCAGUGACAGUGACAGCCGGGGCCGCGGCGGCAGCAGCAGUAGCAACAGCAGCAGCGGCAACAACAGCAGUAGCCUAAACACUAACAGCAACUCUGGCAGCAACAUUACUGCUCGUACAAGCAGUACCAGUCGUACGAACGAUGGCAACUGCUGCAGGGCGGCAAUUGGGAUCGAUCUGGGUACCACGACGAGCGCUGUGGCGGUAGCUGGGCCGGAUGGCAGGCCGGUGGUUGUGGAAGAUGAGAUGGGCCGAGCCAUCAUUCCCUCCGUCGUUUUCGUACGGCAGGAUGGCAGUGUGUUGGUGGGUGAGGCGGCGGUGGCGGCGGCGGCAGCGGACCCUGCUAAUGCUUUCUACGGCAUCAAACGGCUGCUAGGCAAGAGUUACGGUGAGGUUCGGCAGGAGGAAGAAGAGGAGCAGCAGCAGGGGCAGCAGCAGGAGGGGCAGCAGCAGCAAGAGCAAGCGGGUCAGGGGAGAAGUCUGCGCCGGCUUCGGAGCUACGAGCUGACUCGGGGUGCGGAGGGAGGAGUGGAACUGGUGUGCCCUGCAUUGGGGCGCAACGUGACACCGCAGGAGAUCAGCUCGCACCUCAUCCGUCACCUGGUUUCCCGCGCCCAAGCAGCGCUUCAGCGACAACAACAACAGCACGGUCACCAACCACAGCAGCAGCAGCCGCAGCAGCCGCAACAGCAGCAGCUUGAGGUGUUGGACGCCGUGGUCACUGUUCCCGCACACUUCUCACCGCAGCAGCGUGCAGCCGUGACGCAGGCGGCUCGAAUGGCCGGACUGAAGCGCGUUACAUUGCUGCAGGAGCCCAUCGCCGCAGCAAUGGCGUACGGUUUUGGAUCCGGAUCUUCUUCCGCUGCUGCUCCCCAUUCCCCUUCUUCGUCCCAAGGAGUGUCGUACGAAGACGUACAGCCGUACGACGUACUGCUUGUGUUUGAUCUGGGCGGCGGUACUUUGGAUCUCACAAUCGUGGAGGCUUUCGAUGGUAUCAUGGAGGUUCUGUCCACCUCGGGGGACAGUCAGCUGGGUGGUGACGACUUCACAGGCGCCCUCGCGGACUGGCUGGCGGCCGCAACCGGGAGGCAACUGCAACUGAGGCAACAAGGACAACGACAGCAGCAGCAGCAGCAACAACUGGAUGAGGCAGCGCCCUCCUCGUCAACAUCGGCUUCCCCCCUCUCCUCCUCCCCCUCCCCUUCCGCUUGCUUUGCCUCCUCCUGCGCUUCUUCCGUCUCUUCCUCCUUCUCGAUGCCUGUUUCUGCCUCCUCCUCCUCCGUAUCAGCAUCCUCCUCCUCAUCCUCCGCUUCCUCGCUCGCCCUGCUACGAGCCGCUGAAGCAGCCAAGCUGGCUCUCAGUGAGGCUGUGGCAGCAGCCAGGGCUACUAGAUCUGGCUGUAGCGGUGGCAGCAGCAGUGGUAGCAGCCGCGGAGGUGACAACAGUAGCAGCACUAGCAGCAGCACCAGCAGUAGCACCAGCAGUAGCAACACGACUGGAAACGUGAUCUCGAUCAGAGUUCGAGUGCCAGGCUUGGCCACCGCUUGUGCUGGUGAGGGAGAGCGGGCUGUAAACAGCUGUGCAGGUGGGGAUGGAGGCAGCGCUAGUGGCAGCAGCGGCGGAGACAAUGGAGGGGGACGGGGCUUUCCGGAGGUUAUGAUCCAUGGGUCACCUUGCGACGGACGAGAGGAGGUAGAGCUUACUGCAGACAGGUUUGACGAACUGGUUAGACCGUUGAUGCGGCGGUUAUGGUGGCCCAUUGAGCGGCUCGCAACAGCCACUCGAACCCAACUGCGCGGCCGACUGCCGACCCAUUUGGAUCCCAGAAUGGACGGGAAGGAUUCAGGAUCCAGAUCCAACACUCUCCAAGCGAACUCCGAGGGCCCUUCGCUGCCGGGAAGGCGAGAUGGCGCAGCAGCAUGGGAGUUUUCAAUCUUUCCUCCUUCGUGUUCUUCCCCCGCUUCCUCCCCUGCACCGCCUUCAUAUGUGGCACCCCCCCGGCGGCUAACGGGGCUGGUACUGGUGGGAGCGGCGACAAGGUUGCAUGUCGUACGGGAUUACAUAACAGAGGUUACGGGACUUCCAGUACGACCCGGAGUCGAUCCCGAGACAGCGGUGGCACUAGGGGCGGCUCUGCAUGCGGGCCUUAUGGUCGGCAGCAUCUCCCGGGGCAUUGAGAUGGGGGAUGGCGGGUAUGUGGCGGGGCAACACGGGCGGACGGGGGGGUUCCAGGUGGCAUGGCAGGAUCUGGCAGAGGGAGGGGAAGAAUAAACCAAACCACAAAGUUAGGGCAAAACAAUGGGUAUUGUUGGCAGGGAGCCACAAAACAUGGGAGGGUUAGCAGGAGGGGAGGGGAGGGGCUGGAGGAAGAGGAGGCGGGCCUCGUCUGGGAGCCGUAGUGCCGCGUGAUGUUGCCGUGGGAAGCUUUCGUAUUGCUGCCCUGCGCGUUCCGGUAGAUGGAGAGGUUUACGGAGUCGAGGAGAAGCUUGGUGGGCUUGUCAGGGCUUGUACCGAUAGUAAUUGUUUGAGGCCGCAGGCUGGAAGGUAGGCUGUAAGGUCGGAUUCAAGGCAAGUGUGUGAGGGUUUAGCCCAGGAGCUAAGCGACGAAUGAUGUUUAAGAACAAUGUUGCACAGCCGGCGGUUGGCUUGCACUCGAAGGUCGAAGCGCACGGUUUUGCAUAUGGUCUGUAUGUGUAGCUGCC